CGUCUUCCGGUUAAUGUUGAAUUGGCUGGGGAUGUCAAAGAACCGGCAGAAAAAGCGAAAUUCGGGGCUGCGCACCUGAUUGAACAACUAUGGACGGCGUUCAGCUGCAGAAGUCUGACAUUUGCAAUGGCUGUAUAACCAAGAAGAGGGACGACUACCUGGAAUGGCCGGAGUACUUUAUGGCAGUGGCCUUUUUGUCAGCUCAGAGGAGUAAAGACCCGAGUUCACAGGUGGGGGCCUGUAUAGUGAACCAGGAGAAUAAGAUUGUUGGUAUUGGCUACAACGGAAUGCCUAAUGGUUGUGAUGACGACCAAUUACCUUGGGCUCGGUCAGCAGAUGACCCUCUGGAGACUAAAUAUCCUUAUGUGUGCCAUGCAGAGCUGAACGCCAUUAUGAACAAGAACAGUGCUGAUGUGAAGGGCUGCACCAUGUAUGUAGCACUGUUCCCCUGUAACGAGUGUGCUAAACUCAUCAUCCAAGCAGGAAUUAAGGAGGUGGUCUAUCUUUCUGAUAAAUACCAUAACACACCAGAGAUGACUGCCUCAAGAAGACUACUCAACAUGGCAGGAAUACAGUUCAAGCAAUUCAAGCCGAAAAGGACAGAGAUUCUCAUUGAUUUUAAUUCCAUAAACCACCCACCCAACAGCGCUGGACAACUCGACAAAGGCACCAUGUAACUUUCUGAUCUUGGGCAGCCAAAAAGAUGUAACAUGAAAGAGAGAUGGUGUGGCUUUUUUAAAAAAAAAAAAAAAAAAAAAAAAAAAAAAAAAAAAAAAAAUUUUUUUUUACGUUUUGAGCCGCGCAUCUUCACUGUUUUGUUUGACAAGGUAUGAAUUCCUUGCUAUUUCACACUGCUUGACCUGGAAGAAAUAGCUGUUUUCUUCACAUUUUUCCUUGAAAAUUAAAUUGACAGGGACCUACAAGUCCAGAGGUUUUAAGUUUAAAGAUCCUUUAAAUUGCACAUGAUAAUUGUUCAAGCUAUUUGUCUUUCUUUUAGUUAAAAACAAUUUCCCAGGCAAAGGAAAAGUUUUGUUCCUUGACUUUUCCGUUUUUAUCAUGGAAGCUGACAUCAAAUUGUCAGAUUUUAUAGCCAGGAGCCACCCUCAAUCAAUUUUGAACUCUCAGGCUGUCCUGUCAGUAUUGUUAAGACCCUUUGUCCAUAGUUUCUUGACACUCGAAGACACUCAAGGAUUUAUUUUGCCAAAUGAAUCAUUGACAUUUUGAUUCCACUGAUAUUUUGACCCAUAUGGCUCCUUUACUACUGUUACAGUUUUAGGACCGGUUUCUAGAAUGAGCUCGAGUAUUUUCAGCUAUCCCUUAGAAGCCUUUUUUUCAUGUUUAGUUCCUGCAUUAUUAUUAUUAUAACGAUGAUGACAUACUUAGAUAUAGUACUGAAAAACAUGCUAGGCACCAAAAAUAGUGAGUUGAAUUACUUAGUGGCAUGAAGCAGGCCCAAAAAAUGGCAUGCAAAUUUGACAUGACGCAGAGAAGAGUGCCGUUAACAAGCCUUCCAAAUUUGAAUGAUUUUUUAUUAUUAUUAAAUGUCCUUAUAUAGUGGUGGUGGGAACUUGCGCUAGAAAGUAUACGUGUUUUUGCCCCGCCCACAAAAUCAGGAAAAUUCAAAUGGUAAAAAACAUGCUUAAGCUACUGUAUAUCUCAACAAUUCAGCACCAUAUUAUGUCUUUAUUUAAUAUAUUUAGAAACAAAACAUAUCUCAUUGGAUCCCCUUUAAAGCUUGGUUUAAACUACGCUGUCAUGUUCUUAUUGUUUUCUUUUAUGUGGUGCUCUUGAGCGGUGGUUUUGCAUGGUUAGUGCAAAAUUAGUUUUAUGGUGUCAAGUACAAUAUUUAAAAAUGUUACCGGGUGAUUUAUUACUAGUACAUUGUCUUGUACUAGUACUUGUUAAAGCUUUUUCUCCAACCUUACAUGUUUUGACAAUUGCCUAACAGCGGAUGGUAUUGUUUGAAUGUCUCUCUGUGUGCAUUAGUGCCUUUCUUUCUAAUGGUGUCUGCUGUUUUCUGCAGUUCAAUAAAACUAAAAGUAC